AUGGGGAAGAAACGGUACGCGUACCUGCAGCUCUCGAUCAACGGAAUCGUGCUAGGCAAAGUAUACAUCCAGCUGUUUGACGACGCGGAGGUGAAGAACUCCGUAGACAAUUUCCUCUCCCUGUGCAGAGGCAACAGGCACCACAGCAUGUUCACAGGGGAGCCCCUAACCUAUAAGCACUGCGUCAUUGAGAAGGUAAAGCAAAAUAAAUGCAUAAAGAGCGGCUACCUACGAUGCAAAGUCACGCAUGAUAGCAGUGGGAAGGUCAUCCCUCCUUCUGCCCGGAUUAACAACCAGGGGAAAUACGAACAAGUGGAAUGCAUUUUUGGCCCGAAUUUCAAGAAGGAGAGAUCCCAAAGGAGACAUGCAAAUGCAGGGCUGCUCACCAUGGUCCAGGUGGGGCCCAAACGUUGCUCCUCUGUCUUCAAAAUUACGCUCGGAUCUGUGAGUAAGUACAACGGAAGGAACACCAUCAUUGGGAGAGUCGUUAGGAACAUGCACAUCUUGAGGGCCAUCGAGUUGAUUCCAGUCACUAACAAAUUCGAGCCGAAGAUCUGCAUCUACAUUAGCGAUUGCAAUGAGGUGAGCGAGGCCCUCUUCAGGGGGGAGCGCGUGUCCUCCAGGCAGCAGUACAUCGACAGCCUCUUUGCAAAUCUAGGCGGCAACGAAGCGAGAGGGGCUGCCGAAGAGAGCGACGGUAGCGACGGUAGCGGCGGCAGCGGUGAUGAUGAUGAUGGCGGUGGUGGCGGUGCCCUCAGUGGGGCCCGCGCGCGGGGGAAGCAGGCAAAGGCGAAGAACACAGAGAAGCAGAAGGGGAUGGAGCUGCUCAAUCGGAUCCUCGCCGACAUCGACGCGCUCACCAGGGGGGAAGCGGUGCAGAGGGCAGAACCCGUUCAGAGGGUAGAACCCAUGCAGAUGGUCAAAUCCGUUGAGAGCGUCGAACCCGUGCAGAGCGUCGAACCCAUUCAGAGCGCCGACCCCACGGAGUGCCCCCCGCGCGGAAUGACCGACAGGGAGAGGAGGCUGCUCGAAAUAAAGCUAAGGAUAAACCAGUCGAAGGGGCUGAACGAGGUGGAGGCCACGCGGGGUACCUCCGCAGGCAAGACGGACGAGUACGCACGCUACCACUAUGAGAAGAACGCCAGUGUCACCAACGCGUGUGGGAAGCGGCCAGCAGGGGGCGAUGAACCAGGGGGUCCACCCGCUGGUGAUGCUUCCCUUACUGGUGAUGCUCCCCCCGAUGGAGAGGCCCUCCCCACUGGUGACGCUUCCAUUACUGGUGACCCCCCCCACAGCAGCGGCGACGAUGGAGAGGACCCCCCGGCCAUCUACACAACCAGCGCCGCUCAAGCGAAAGGCGCCUCCAAAAAGAAAAACAAAAAGGACCUACUCGAAGUUGACAGGGAUUCGCGGUUUUUCAAAAAAAUGAAAUUCAAUUUCUCCAUAAAUAGGAACCUAUAUGAAGAGAAAAAAAAAAAACUGGGGGAAAGUUUCUACGGAGGGGACUUGCUCGCUACGGACUCGUCCAAGUGCACGGAGAGUGACAAGAACAAAGUGAUCAGCUUCUGCCGGAAGCAACAGGUCGUCCGCUCGAAGCUCAGUCGGAAGAGGCAGCACGAGGAUGGGCUCUUCAAAAAUUAUAUCAAUAGGAGGAACAAAAUGUAUAACAGGAAGCUCGACCGGUACUUUAACCAGCACACGGCCGAGAUUAGGCAGAACUUGGAGCGGGGCGGGUAG